AUGGCUGACUUGGGUACAGUGGAUACUCUUUCGGAGCUCAGGCGUCUGACGCAAUUCUCCGCCCAACAAGGCGCAACCAUCAACAACCGCCAUCCUGUCAGUCACCGAUUGAGGGGACGGGGCACAACUCUUCGAAGAAGGCAAGGGCCACCACCGCCGCCGCCCCCGCCGUAUGGAUUCGCGACAAGGGACAACGUUGCUGCCGGGCGAUUCCUGACCGCCACCUAG